GAACCUGCAGAGCGCGCUGCAGCUGCCUCAUAAUAAGGUGCUGCAGCAAGUUUUCCCGCGGGGCGUAUUUUCGUUGUAUUUUUACGUGAUUCGAGUGAGUAUUUGCGAAAAUCCAAGAUAAGUGACGAAGAACAAUGCCGCCUAAAAAGCGCGAGAAAGAAUCCGAGGGUCAAAAAGUACCGAGAAUGGACCAAAUUCAAGCUGAUCACGAACUGUUUCUCCAGGCCUUCGAAAAGCCUACGCAGAUAUACAGAUUUCUACGCACGAGAAAUCAAAUUUCGCCAAUAUUUCUAUACAGAAAUCUGUCUUAUAUGAGACAACGUAUGUCCAGAAGUCACAAGUCCAGACGAGCAUUUAGGAUCGACACUAUUUUGGAUGGCUUAACGCUCAAAAACAACCAGGGGCAAAAUCCUGGGGUGCGAGGAUACAUGACGCUGACUUUUUUAGGAUUUUACGACAAAAAAGUUGAAACUACCCAGGAGCCUGUGAAAGUAGAAACAUUAUUGUUGAAGAUUUGUCAUAAAAAACGAAAAGACGUUAGUUUACCAAUAAUGCAGAAUGGCAGUGCACACGUUUCCGUUGGUACGAGUGAAGUACCGAUCAACCCGUCAGAAGAUCAGCCCCCUCCGAAAGCACCAACCAUUUCAAUUCCAAACGAAUCAUUUAGUUUAAGCAACGGCCACAUUGUCAAAACAUACAUGCUGCUUCUACGGGUUUAUUGUAUGUCAAACAACAGCUGCCUUAUUUCCAACUGUGAUUUAGAUGAACCUGCCCAAAAACGGCGUAAGUCUAUCAACGGUUCGAUAAAGAAUGGUGGAGAAGAAAUCAAACUAUACGGCUCCGAGCUUAUCGUAUACGACAAACACAAUCGCUGCCUAUUAACGGACGGUGAUUAUGAAUUAGGUUUACAAGAGGUUCAAACAAAUGUCCGUGCCAGCCCUAAAAAACACAGUUCCUGGGAAUGUAUCACUGAGAUUAAGGAGUGUGGUCCGUUUGAAGUAUUCAGUCGUGGGCCGACGUUAAAGUUCAGACUCAGCUGGACGACAGAGCCAAGUAAUGGUUUAGUGGAUAGGCCACCGCCCAUCCAUCCGCUUCCUAAUGGAGACAAUAAAGAGAACAGGCCAGGAAACGGUGCAUUGGACCGUUUUCCAGCUAAUCACAGUAACAAUAAUAACUCAACACUGCCUAAUUCUAGUCCAUUAACACCUACAAAAUUGUCUUUAUCUAUUGAAAAAAUGGAUAUGUCAUCUACUCAGCAAAUAGUAUACCAAUUUUUAUACAAUAAUAAUAGUCGACAACAAACAGAGGCUUGCGAGGAUCUUCACUGCCCUUGGUGUUCGUUAGACUGUGGGAAACUAUAUUCGCUCCUAAAGCAUCUUAAAUUGUGUCACUCACGGUUCACAUUUACAUACGUGCCAAUCUCACAAGGAGCAAGAAUAGAUGUGGCAAUAAAUGAGUGCUAUGAUGGGUCAUAUUCGGGCAGCCCGCAUGAAUUGAUUUCUCAACCCUCCGGAGUUGCAUUUGCUCGAACUGGCCCGACAAGACGUACAAGUGUUACCAAUAUUUUAGUCUGCCGACCAAAAAGGACCAAGCCUAGUUUAUCAGAAUUUUUGGAAUUAGAUGAAAAUGAUUUUGAAAGUCAACGCCCAUACAUCACAGGCCAUAACAGGCUAUAUCAUCAUACAGUGACAUGUCUUCCCAUUUAUCCCAAAGAAAUGGAUGUAGAUUCGGAAGGUGAAAAUGAUCCAAAAUGGUUGCAGACAAAGACAAUGAUGAUGAUAGACGACUUCACAGACGUUAAUGAAGGAGAAAAGGAGUUAAUGAAGAUGUGGAAUUUGCAUGUAAUGAAAUAUGGCUAUGUCGGAGACUGCCAAAUACCUUUAGCAUGCCAAAUGUUUCUAGAGACCAAGGGUAAAGAGCUGUUAAUGAAGAAUUUAUAUCGGAAUUUCGUGCUGCACAUGUGUAGUUUGUUUGAUUUUGGUCUAGUCAGUCCAGUGAUUUUGUACCAAACUAUUCAAAAGUUGCAAGAAAUAAUGAAAGAAGGUGGUGAAAACAGUGACGUGAAGAAGAUUUUACAAAAAUCUCACGAAGCUCAAGUUGAACGUUGGGUAACCACUGGUGUAUAUGUGUCAAGCUUAGAAGCCACCAAACCAAGCGGAUCAAGUGCAAAGACUAACUUCAACAACGAAGUUUCCAAUUUAAAUGCCCGAAGAAAGACAACACUGCCUCUUGGGUCACCCCCAAACCCACAAACUAGCAAAAUAACUGUUACCGUACAUAAUAAUGCCAGUAAGCACGCUAGUACAGAUAUAUAUUAAUUAUGUAUAUAUAUUAUAUAUAUACACACAGUACUGUUUGAAGCAAAUACACUGUUCAUCGUCACUCGCCAAAAAAUCCAGCAAACUAUUACGUACAAUAUCAGCGCGAACUUAUUCCAGAAUAAUGUGUUAAAAUCCAAUGCUCAACUUUUUCAACUGGUAGGGUCAAAUCAAAAGAUAUACAUUUUCCUUAAAGAUUUUAUGGUUAACAUGCUUUAUUUUCCGCCCUUACGUCACAUACCUCAGAUGAUGGUGUGAUAACAAAAUUACGGCUGCCGUAUUAUAAUUUGUUGUUUAGUUCUUCGAAAUUCAAAAUAUUUCUAAUCAAAAUUGAACCCAAAAGCUGCCAAAUAUCAUUCUUUCGUAAAUGAAGGCACUUUCACAGUCAAAACCGAAUAUCUGUCACGGGUAGACCUCCCGUGGUAGAUUGUGACCAAUUCAAGGCUGCUGGUGUUGCCUGCUGCCACCUAUUUAACCUACGGAACAGACGAUACAGGUGGUCUUGGAUCAUUCAGAAUCCUCCUCAGGAGGUGUAUCUAGGAAUUGGAACAGUACGAUUCUUAUAUUAAACACUAUGUCACGAAAGCGUAUUUCCCAAGAAUACUCUCCCAGCAGAAAUUAGCAUGUGGAAAUAUUGUGAACUUAUCUAAAUAAUUGAACUCUAUUCUGCAUUCACACAAAAAACCCAAUAUUGUUUGUUAGGGUACAUAACUUUAUAUUUCUGUGAGGUCUGAGCAUUUACGAUCGAUGUCGAUCUCUCAAAAACCGAAAAAGCGAGAAAUAUUAGAAAAUUGAGGGUAAUUUUCUGUUACUCGUUUCUUUAACUACGCAUUGUACUUGUUAAUGGUAAAAUAUUUUUUUAAUGUCUAAUUUAUACUGGUACCGUGAGUGGCUCAUAUCAUGGCCUAUGAAUCACGAUUCUUUAUUUAUAAAAGUAUAAUUGAAUUACGAUCUCAUGUUUACGCCUUUGUUUGACCUACUGUUUGUGUGAUCGAUUUAAGACAGAAUUAAUAAAAAGAGAUAUCUAGUACACAUUUUAAACAUGCUCAUAAGAAAUGAUAUAUGGAAGUUUAGCCCAUAUUUCGCAGGUACACAGCCUAAUGGUACAACUUAACAAUGUACAGUCGCCAUUUCAGAAUAUUAUGGUUCAUAUGGUAUACCAAAAUCAAUUUGGGUAAUCGACGUUUUGCAUAAUAUAUCUGAAAAGUAAAUCAUUUGAUUUGAAACUUCAAUUUGAAAUUGUAAUAAUUUUACUUCUAACAUUUAAUUUUUUUUUAUAAACUAUCCAAGAAGUACAAUGUGUAUCUAAAAGCUUGAAAUUUUUGUACUAAAACACAAAGAAGUCAAUUCAUUUUAUAAUAUAAAAAUUGUGACCACCCACGGGACAGAGGAAGGUUGCCGAAACCGGAUCUUCGCUAUGUAAAAAAUAUAAUUGAGUAUCUAUUUCUUUCUUACGAAAAUAUAUAAUGUACUUCUUCACUUAUGCUCUUUUAAUCAGUUUUUUUAUCCCUGAAAAUAUAAUAUAAUUAAUUUCUUACUUAUGUCUAGCUUCUUGAAUCAUAAUCAUAGUGUAAAGGAUAAAAUUUUUUGUCCAAUGUGUUCCAAACGGUCUCAUAAGUCAGGUACAGAAUUCAGCGAAAAGUGUUCAGUUAUCUUUAUAAUGUACUUCGUACUUAUAUAUUUUGAUUACGUGCAGCUUAUUCUAGUUUUGUCAUCCUAUAUCCGAUCAAUAUAAAAACUUCAAACACAGCAGACUUAAAAUUAAAUUUCAAGUGUGAUUUAGAAACUUGUAAGAAACGUCACUUGCAAAAUCUACAAUAAUUGUUAAAGAAUUGUGUUUACAGUUAUUCAACGAAUUCGAACAAUUAAUUGUAUUGUCACAAGGUAUCAAAUAAUAUCUAGAGAACCUUUACUUGAUGAAGAUAAACAAAAUGAAAUCAAUUUAUUACAAAAAAUUGUUAUAGGCAACCUUCCCUUAUGUUGACCCAUAGAUCACUUUCCUUGUCUAUAAGCCCUCUAUCAGUCUAUUACUGAUUCUUUUAUUCUGAAAAUCAUGGCUGAAUAAUUUCGGUGAUAUUUACUGGUGAUAUCAGUCUGUUUAUAUAGAAUGGUAUUCGUGUCAUCAAAUAAUUUACACUUUCUGAUAUGUUGAUUACCAUAAGUAAGUACCAAGUAUAACGUUAUAACUCAGAAUAGAUUAUGCCUUGCACAUGGAGGAAGAUAUAGUUUGGCAAUAUCCUUUAGUGCAUUGCCAUAGGAUCUUGUUAGUUGAAAGUUGAACUAAUAUUAGAAAUAAAUAAUGAAUGUCCUACAGAUGUUUAGCAAGAAUUCAUUUUUUAUACAGAUUAUGAUGAAGUAACAAAUCGUUGGAUUUAUCUAGCCCCGACAACGCGUAGUCUUAGAUAUUUCAAAAUUAGGCAUGUAACAAGAAUCAGUGAUAAAUAUAACUUUAAUUUCUUAAACCAAAUUACAAGAAUUACUAAUAUUUUGCCAAAAAGUAGUAAUAUACAAGGUUGCGCUAAAAGUGAUGGGACCCUUGAAUAACUUUUGAAAAUGUGUAAAUAUCUAAAUAAAAUUUUAUGGAAGAAAAAAAUCUCACCAAUCCAAAAUUGCAGCCGAACCAAUUUCUGCUGCCGCAAUUUCAGCUGGAUGAAUUAAGCAUAUUCAAAAUGGUGGCCAAAUAACAAACUUAAGUUCUGCCGACGUUCUUACAUACAGGUCUUACAAUACCGGUGGUGAGGGGGUGUUCGCUUAACGAUUAAGGUUUUGAAAUCCAUCUACGACCGCAAGGGGCGCCACAAGUACCAUGUGCAACAGGGAUAGAAGCAGCAUUCUGUCUCUUUUUCUAUCGUACCCAGCGUAUGCGUUAUACGCUCUAACCUCAUUACGCAUAUCUAUUUCGUCUUUUGCAAGCUAUAUUUAAUUUAUGGAUACAGUAAAUACAACUAUAUGUUUUUCAUGACCGAAUAUAAUUAAUUAAGGCAAAUGUGUUAAAAUGAAAACGCACCACCUCACUGUCCACUGUACUCCAUCCUUUCCAUCUACCAACAGUGACGCACAGUAGCGUUAGCGUUAAUGAAAACCUCGGACACUAAGGGUAUCACUCCUCAGCACUGGAAUUAGACGACGUUGCAAGACUUGUAUGAAAGACCGUGGUUCUACCUCCUCUCCCGGUCCACAGUGAGCCACUGCAUUUUGAAUGAGUUGGUCCGAUGAAAUAUUGUUUGUCAAUAAUUUGAACAACAGCAAACCUGUUGCUUUACCUGAGCAGGCUUGAAGUAGCAAGGUGCAGAAAACUCAGAAUUCUAUAUAUUUCCGUGAAACUAUCACUAUUUCGGCUAAUCUUCAAGAAGGCUUUAAAAACUGAGAUGGCAUUUGAUAGUACCAAUUCAUCCAAAAUUUAAUGACUCACUAGCGAGGACAGGAGGGGAGGGGGGCUCAAUAACUUUAUUACGUAGCCACUAUUUCGAAUACGCACAAUACAUUGAGCACGAAUGGCGACAGCGGGAGAGGGUAAUUCUGCAUAUUUCCAGAAUUUUAGUUUUGUUCGAGCAUCAUUUUCGAUUGACUCAUGGCCUUAUGAAUAGGCCGACGGAUCACGAGCUGCUAAGAUAAGCACUCAAAGUGAAACGGAAGACGAAAGGGGAUAAACUCACACGUACAGUACACUGCGACACCGAGCAGCCAUCAUUGAUGAUUUCUUUAUGCACUGUAUUCAAAGGACUUACAAAUGCUUACGUUAGUGCAAUUGUGCUUGCGACAAUCUUUAAGCGUCUGGGUGAGGAAGUGUUUAGGAUACGAAUUGCUUAUUGCUCAUAAAAUAAAAUUGAAGCAAUUUUCGAUUAUGCAGGUUAGUUUCGUAUACAACUGUUACGUCGAAAUUAUGAGUUACAUCUGUAGUUGCAUCGACGAACGGCUUACCAUGGUGCGAACUUCAAUUGCCUAAUUCCGUCUUUUGUUUUAUCCUACAAGCCUUCAGCUUCGUCUCCCUAUUUCUAGAUUCGCGGAUUGAGUGGAUUAAUCAAGCUGAAAUUCGGUGAGCGCAUACUGAUAACAAAAAAAAAAAUUUUCAAACGAACCGUAGUCCCCGUUGUCAUUUAAGGUUUUAACUGUCCUGCACGUCGCUGCCCCCCCCCCCCCCCUCCCUCCCUCCAAUUCAUUGAACCAUUGCAUUUUGGAUUGAGGUGGAACCCUUACAAAAGGUGUAUUUUUUGGUCUCAUACAUUGCCUCCAAAUUUCAUUUUGAUGUUUGCACACAUUCAAAAGUUAUCCGCGGGGCUCCCAAUACUUUUAGUGCAUUCUAUAUGUAAUUUUUGUACAACUGCACCUAUCCAUAGACCUGACUAGUAGGUAUACGAACACAAAACAAAAUGUUUUACACCCACAUAAUAUAUAAUAAAAUCGUCACUGCCGAGUCCACGGAUAGUUCUGUAGUUGAUCUAAAAUGCAUCCACCGUAAAUCCUUAUACAAGUGUAGUUUAACUGACGAUAACAGGUAAGUAUGGAACCAAACUAGAAUGCAGUGAUUAGAAGUACCCUGAUUAAUGAAAUGUAAAGACCAGACCCUUCGCCAAAUUAAAGUAUGCCCGUAUGAUAGCAUCAGCAAAAUUCACUCCGUAUAACAAAGUUCUGAGAAAUAUCCAUAAUAUAACGAUUAUCUGGAAUCAGUAAUAGAUACAUUAAUAUAGGUGUCUAGAUAUAUUCUAUUAUUUAUUACCAAAAGUUUGUUUAUUACUGAACAUGAUAACAUUGAAUUGAUGCUAAUAAUAAACUAUAAUAUAGAAAGAAAAUGUUCUUCAGGGCAUAUGAAUGCGUAAUUGUUUUUUUAUUUCAAUUUCUGCCAUUACAAUUGAUAUCCUUUGGUGUUGUAACUGCAUUUAAAAUAUUCUUCUAUAAUAAGCGUGUUUUCCUGCAGUUGCAAUUGUGAAUUAUGAAAACUUGGAAUACAGAUUAGUAUGAGUACUAUAUCUAGGCAAACAUAGACAACUAAUCGUAUUUGCAUCUAGCUUGAGUUUUUUUCUGCUUAUUCAUUCGCAAAUUAAUAAAUGAGAAAUGUCCCAUAGGUCAUUGAGUUGGUGAACACUGUAUGUCCAGCUGUAAUUUAAUCAUGUCCGAUGGUCGGCAACUACGUUUAUAAUAAAAUUUAUUAAAGUUCA